CUCAGAUCGGCAUCAACACCAGCGUUGCCCAGUCAGCCAUUACAGCCAAAGUAGGCCUUUGUUCUAUCUUACAGCUACGUGGCCGCAACCACCGUCACUAAAUUACGUUGGCCUUAACACCGACGCAGAAAGGAUGUCAUACGGUCGAGACGACGAAGUUUUAUCCACCGACGAGUGGAAGGCACAACAUCUGGGCUUCAACAGGCCGUGCGGCGCGGUGAACCCCAAGAAGACGUGCUGGCUGCCUGGCGAUCUCGCGUCGUGGAACAGAAUUCUGCACGAGCUCGCGUUCGAACUCGUCGAGACGAGCCCGGGAGAACUGCUUCUGCGUGCCUUGACCUACGCAGGGUUGGAAAGAGAACCGACGUCCGCGGCUCACGACGCAUCACUGCUUGUCUCGUCACUCCUGUGUCACCAUCCUUGCAUCCAGCAUCUGGAAGUGAGGUGCGCCAUUCGCGACAAUAACGCUGCCGCUGUUCCACCGGCUUACCCCAUUCGCAUCCGUGCGUCGUGGUCGACUAUGCCGGCCCGUCGAAGCCUUCGCUCUUUGAACAUCUACGAGUCUCCCGGCGCUCUUCUCCAUCUCCGAGACCUGGACGCAAUAGUGGAUCUCGAGACAGUCUUCGUCGACGCUGUGAAAUCGAACCUGCAUACACUUCCCCAAGUCAAGUCGCUUAUGGAGCGCAACUGGAGCACGCUCAAAAAGGUUUCCAUCCGACAACACAGCCGGCAUGAACAGCAUGGGGACGUGCUUGAAAGCAUGGUAGCUUGCGAGUUCCUGACGCCAAAGUCGCCCUACGAUAGGCGUGAAAUGCCGGAGGCAAAUGCGAUUUCGACGAUGAUGGACAUGUCAGCUGCCAUAAAGGAAUUGACCGCGCAGCCCAUCUUCCUGAGCGCCAUUGCAAGAUCUCUCGUGACGAAUCUCACAGUGACAAAGGUGUCACUCUAUAUGGAGGCGCGCGGCUCAAUGGAAGAACUGUUCCGGGGCAUUGAAGUUAAUACUAAUUUGAAGCAAGUUUUCUUGUACUCCACCGUAUUAGUUGACACUACUUGCAGGCAGGCAGUUGCGUCUGUACUGGAGAAAAGCUGCCUUCGAACACUAUAUCUGGGAACCGUUGUUUUCAACGACUGUGAAGGACUGGUUCCGUGGUCAGAAGCACUGUCGAAUAACACCACUCUCAUGUACCUUCGAAUGCACUGUGAGAAUAUACCAAUGAACACCAUUUUGGCAUUGUGCAAAGUGCUACGGGUUAACAAGACCCUGAAGAAGUUAAUGCUUCCGGGAAUCACGGCAUCCGACGAAGAAAUAAUGUCUUUGACACGUCAGCUUCUCGUGGACGGGUGUUACGACCGCGUGCGCUUAGGGCCCUUGACAGAGCCCGGGCUGCGAUUCCUGUUGGAACUGCUGCCUUCUCAGCAUACAGGCCCCGAGCAGCUCUGGCUGCCAGACAUCGGCCAGCUGUCACACAAUACUGCCCGUGACCUCUUCAACGUCCUGGCAUCCAGCAAGAGGGUCAAGCACCUCGUAGUUGAAGUCAAGCUAACGCCCGAUGCCAGAGUCGCAGCUCUUUGCGAAGCAUUGAAAAUGAACAGGUCAAUCUCGUAUCUGCAUAUCAUCAUUGGAAACGAGCUUUCAGCCUGCAAUGUCCUUCAUGCUCUGUCUGCGAAUGCAGCCAUAACAAAGAUGGACAUAACCCUUCGAGUACCCGCUGACGAACAAACGAUGGGAGCGUUUUCCAGCAUGCUGCAGCACAACAACUCCCUCACGAAUGUCUCGGUCUGUUUGGACGUCCACCACCGUUCACAAUUCAUGGAAGCCAUCGCCCAGGGACUGUCGCGUAACAAGCUGGUCGUGGAAUUCUGUAGCUGGGCAAAUGGCGACGAGUACGUCCCGUUCGCCAUCCUUGAGGCCGUGCGAAGAAACAAGUGCGCCUUGAACCGUGCCCUGGAGUUUGUCCUGCAGACCCGAGAGGACAGGCACAGCGCAGAGUGCUUCGAUCGAUUCUCCGCAAGAUCCUGCCUCCUUACUCACCUGACGGAAUUCACCGGAGUGUCGGAGGUCGAAGCAUGGUGCGUAGUCGUCUCCGCGAAGCAUCGCCUGCAAGAAAAAUACCUCGUGCUCACAGGCGUUGUUCGGCACUCCCUUGUUUGCCAGCCUGCUGAAGUCACGCAGAUUGAUGCGCUGAACGAGGACUGUUGGCGUGCUAUUGCUCGUUACCUCCGCAUCAGUGACGUUUGCAUCGUGUAAUGCCGAUGUUUUCUUUAAGAACUGGAUGGAAAAAUCGUGACUUUGGGACUUACGCCACAUCACUCCGAAUGGCUUAUGGAAGCAGUAUUGAUCUUGCCUUCCUGAUUCUUUGUUGCGGCUUAUUCGGAGCCGUUUGUAAGCCUUUAAUGUCGGCACUGUGAAGCUGUGAACAAUUGGUGACGUCAAAAAAAAAAAAAAAAAAGCCUCGGUAGGGUUGUACCUUCUAUAUCCCUACUAUUUUUUGUGUAACGUCUCAUUGGAAUAUUUUACAAUACGGAAAAAUAGCUUGCGAUGGAUUUUUCUGAGAUUCUUCAUUGUUAUAACGCUGUGCAUUGUUGAUUUAAGUCUUACAAUCUUAUUGUUCCAUUUCUUAAUUUGUUGCUUAACCUGUAUGGUGGUCGAGCUACAGAAACAUACUGUUACUUUAUCUUCAUUACGUAUUUCUUCUGGCAAAAGUUAAGUGUUCAGGAUGGCGUACCUUCCAAGUUUGGCCUGAACGCUAGAGCCAUGCAAUCACAUGCACGGACACUCAGUGGCAGAAUAAGCUUUGUCUUCUUCGCUCAGAAAGAAAUGAUUGAUGGGAACGACAGAAGAAUGAAUGUAUUUGCUACUGCUACUGCUAAUUUUUGUUGCUUAAAAACAAUAUUGAAGAAGAAUUGGAUCGGCCUUGCCGGGACGUGCCAUUAUGUGAACAAUCUUGACCGCACAUCUGUUGUCGACUUUAACUGCUUUGAUUUAUUGCCAAUUAGAGAUUUUUGUUUUUCAGAAUCUUCAAUGAAGAAAAACUAAAGUCAUUUG